AUGGAUUUUGAAAUUCAAAGCACAUUCAAGCCAAGUGUGUUUGUGUGUACGACAGGGAUUUCAAAAGAGGAGCAAGAGUUGAUAAAAACCCAGCUUCCAAAGCAUGUAGUUCUUGAAGACACUCUGUCGAUCACCACAAACUAUCUGAUUUCUUACAAGGCAAUGAUGACAGAAAAAUACAUUCAGGCAUUGAAGUGGAACAUAAAGAUUCUUCAUAUCAAGUGGCUGUACGACACAGAUGAGAGCACAAAAAAAUAUGAAAUGAUGCCACUUGAGGGAUGUAGUUUUACGGUUUCUGAGGUUUCUAAUGAUUCUCUUGUCAACUACCACUGCUUGCUUGGUGCAUCCUUCACCCAGAAUCUCACUGUGUGGACGGACUUCCUUAUAACCGAUUCUAAGUCGAAUGAUAAGACGAUGUUCUGCAAGAAAUACGGAAUCCCAAUAGUCACCUCAAAGUGUAUCUUUGGAAAUGACUACAGCAUGUACAGAAAGGAUCCUUGCUUCAAGGCUAUAGAGAAGGCCAGCGGAUCUGUGUUUAAUGAGAAGGUGUUUUUUCUUGAUCCCAAGCUUCCAAAGGUUCUUUUUAAUCGUCUCCGAAGGCUGAUUAUAUCGAACGGCGGAACCAGAGUGUCUUCUAUUGAUCGAGACGUUGAUUUUGUGAUGACGCAGUCUUAUGGCAACUUUGAGAGGCAUGAUGGCAAGGUUUUCCAUUACCAAUAUGUGUUUGAUUGUAUUGAGGCCGGGGCUGUUCUACUUCCUGGAUCAUACAAGGUUCAUUUUGGCCGAAGAAGGCCUGUUCUGAACGAAGCCAUAUGUUGUAUUGAUGCAAGCCUUAAAGAAUGCAGGACAGAGAUGUUUAAUAAGCUGAGAGCUUUGGGUGCAAUUGUCAAGGAGGAUGUUGAUGCGAGUUGUACUCACUUGAUAAUAAAAGACAGGAAAGGAUACAGAGAGGAUAGACGCAUGCCUUGCAAGGUUGUACUUUCUUCAUGGGUUGACCAAUGCUUGCAUCUUCUGAGGCGUGUGAGCGAAGACAAGUACAGCGUUGGAAUAGAUGCAUCAAACUUCUUCAUAGAAAGUAGAAGAAACGAGAUUUCCAAAAAGUUGAAGGUGUCUAAGCCUAUCCUGUUUCAGUUUACCGGAUUAUCCCCACUUCUAAAAAAGAAGGCGAUUGAAAAACUCGAAAGCCUAAAUAUAAAAUACAGUGACACCGACAGAUAUGAGAAAUGCACCCACCUCAUUAUGGAGACCAUAUGCACUUCUGAGAAGUUUUUGUCGUGCUUGUGUAAUGGCGGAUGGAUUCUUAGGCCGGACUUUAUAGACAAGUUUGAUAAUUCUUUAGAUUUCGACUUCAGUAAAUACGAAUGGACUGCAGAUGAAAAUGUUCCUGAGAAGGAAAGAAGGGUUGCAGCUUCUAUCCGAAAGUGGAGGGAAAGAGUAACAUCCAGUGGGAAGCCGGCAUUCCAUAGAUGGGUGGUCAAACUAUACUGUGAGGACCAGAAGAAGGAGAGUUAUGCGAGAGUUAUUGAAAAUGGAGGAGGAUGUGUUACUGAAGGAAGUGAGUACACACAUUGUUUUGUAUCCAAAACUUAUAAAGAAGAGGUGCCAGUAGAAAAGAAAUACAGCACCGAUUAUAUAUUUUCACAUUUGUUCAGGUAA